GUACACACUGUGGAUAAACGAGCUAAGAAAAUGGGAUAGGAGUACGGUGUAAAAGGAACUCGAGCUUAGAAAGACAAAUAAAUAAAGAAAAAGUGGUGAAAUCUAGGGGAAAAAAUCUCUAGUUUUCGCAUUCAGCAGCAUAGACUUUUGGCUGAAAGGAAGCAAAAUUUAGAGAGAGAAAGUCAGGAAGAAGAAGAAGACGUCGACACGGCAAGGCGACGACUUUCCGUUCUAGAUAGAGAAAGUGGAGACGAAGAAAUUAUCGGUUUGUUUCUUUCUUCUUUGUCUUCUGCAAGGGAAUUAGUGUGUCUGGCGAAAUUUGUUCGUUAGUGGGAGCUCAAACCCGGCGAAUUCGAUGGCUGAGAAGGAAGAAGGUUCGUCAUCGGCGCCUUCGAGACCGGCCCCGGUACGGCCGACUAUUACUCUGCCGCCGCGGACUUCGAUGGAAAGUUUAUUUACGGGCGGGUUUAACGGCGUAAGCCCAGGGCCUAUGACUCUGGUUUCGAGUUAUUUCACGGACGGAGAUUCGUGUCCCUCGUUCUCCCAGUUGUUAGCCGGCGCCAUGGCGUCUCCAGCUGCUUUUUCCGGUUACCGGCCGCAGCCUCAGCCAGUGGUAGUGAAGGAUGAGGUUGAAUCUAAGGAGGAACCCGGUGCAGGGAGCGGGGGAGAUGCAGUUUUUAGGUUUAAGCACUGUCGGCCGGCCGGAUUGGCAAUAUCUCAACCCUCUACGUUUACAAUACCUGCUGGUUUGAGCCCUGCGACUCUACUUGAUUCGCCUGGAUUCAGUGCGCUCUUUUCACAGGGCCAGGGCCCUUUUGGUAUUUCCCAUCAGCAAGCACUUGCUCAAGUUACAACUCAGGCUGUACAGUUAUCUCAAGUUCAAAUGCCUAAUCAACCAAACCACCCUUCUUCACAUCUACAGAUUAUUAAAAGUGCAUCUGAUCAGAAUCAUAAUAAUAGUAUGAAGGGACCAACUGAGGUUUCCUAUUCUGAUCAGAAAACAGAAUCUGCUUCCUUUCCUGUCGACAAACCCGCAGAUGAUGGUUAUAACUGGAGGAAGUAUGGGCAGAAGAAUGUCAAGGGAAGUGAAUUUCCCCGAAGUUACUAUAAGUGUACACAUCCAAAAUGUCCAGUCAAGAAGAAAGUUGAGCGUUCCCUUGAAGGCCAAAUAACUGAGAUUAUAUACAAGGGUCAACACAACCAUCCACCACCUCAGAAAAGAAAGGGUGCAAAGGAUACUGGAAACACUAGUGGGACCCAUGCUCUUCCUCAGUGUGGCUCUGAACCGAGCUCGGAGGGUCUGACUACAAAUAUCAACAAGCCCAAAGAUCUAGAAUCAAGUCAAGCCACACAUGAACAUGUGUCUGCCUCCAGUGAGAGUGAAGAGGUGGGUGAUGACAAUGAAACUAAAGCAGAUGGAAGAGACUACGAUGAUGAACGUGAAUCGAAACGGAGGGCAACAGAAGUUCAGGUUACAGAUCAAGCUACCACAUCUCAUAGGACUGUUACAGAACCAAGGAUCAUUGUUCAGACUACUAGUGAAGUUGACCUUUUAGAUGAUGGGUACCGGUGGCGAAAAUAUGGCCAGAAAGUUGUUAAAGGCAACCCUUAUCCAAGAAGCUACUAUAAAUGCACAGAUCCCGGGUGUAAUGUACGAAAACAUGUGGAAAGGGCCGCAAAUGAUCCAAAAGCAGUCAUAACAACAUAUGAGGGUAAGCAUAACCAUGAUGUCCCCGCAGCUAGAACCAGUGGACACAACACAUCAAACAACAAUGUCACCCCGCAAUUGAGGCCCCACAACACUGUGGGCCAACAGCAGGCUGCAGUUAGAACGAAUUAUUCUAGCAGCGAACAGCAAGUAGCACAACUGCAAUUCAAAGAAGAACAAAUAACCUGAUCUAUCGGGUUUCACACUAGAAGAUGGCUGGUAAGCCAAUCACAUACCUUCCCCGAACCGAACAACUGAUCUAGCUCUCAUCGUUGAUAUUGGCCAUAUAUAUUUAUAGAACAAGAAAUAGGAAGGUUUCACCCAGAAACCUUUGUGAACUUGAGAAAAGGACUUAUUGUAUGGUUAUUGUUAUUACGAGUGUGUAUUCUUUUCUUUGUAAAUGCCUUUUUAUAGUCCAAAGUUUUCACAAUUUCUUUCUUCUUGUUUUUGGGGGAUCGGUUGCAAUGUCAUAAACUUGGAAUGCUUGAUUAUCGAUUGAUCCACUUGAAACUGAUUUUUAAUAUACUUAAAAAGGUUUGUACUCCAAGACAACUACUUUUUCAUCUGCCACCAUCGCAGGAAUUUCUAC